AUUGUUCUGUAACAAAUGUGUCCGUAAACUGUGAAUGGCACAUUAUGACUUCUUCGAUUAUCGAUAAAAAAUGUUGGCGCAAAUUGAAAAUACUUUCGUUGCUAAGGAUGAAAAACCAAAACAAAUAAUUAUCGCUUAAUUACUACACUGCCCAAACGUUAUAUAUUCUUUAGCUAGCAAAUUAAGAUAUGGCAACUGCAUUGACAUCUAAUUGGCUGCAUGUGGACAUUGGUGAAGAAACGCCACUCCUCCUCUCAACACUGUCAAGUUGCAUGACUCUGAGCGAUGUUCAAUGCGAUGGUUACGUGCGUCUUUUGGCUGCCGACAUUUCGCUGGAGGACGAUGACGAGCCCUCCGCUAAGCUAAAAGUGUUUCGUGGCCUCAAGCUGAAGCAGGAGCAAUCGCUGCCUGGCAUUCCCACGGCCAUUGAGAGUCUGUACAUCGACGAAACCGAGCCCAAAACACCAGUGAUUGCCGUUGCCAUUGCAGAGUCUGUGCUCUUCUACAGGCAUAUGAAACCUUACUUUAAGUAUACUGUGCCCGCCUUGGAUGCCGAGGAACUGGAGCUGGAGGUGUGGCGAAAGCUUCCUGUGAUGAAGGCAGAGACUCACGAUGAACUGCUGCAGUUGCUCAAGGAUGUGGAUCAUGCCAAACUGUCGCGCAAAACACAGCGACUGCUACAGCUCAGCGGGGAGGAGAGAGAAUCCUUCAUUGAGACACACAAGGACUCGCCUGUGGGUCGAGUUGGGAACAUUGUGGCCAUGUGCUGCUUGAAACGUGUCUCCAGCAGCCCCAAUCCGCCCUCACAUCUGGUGCUCGCCACAGACACAGGUCGCGUCUUUGUUCUGGAACCACAAGGCUUCAAUCUGGUUUAUCAGGCGCGCACUUGUAGCUAUGAAACCGCUGUGCCCAGCCUGAUAUCUGUGCAUGGCACCUACGAAACGGACUUUUGCAUUGUGGUGGGCACACGCAAUGGAGGCGUCUAUCUACUGCGUAAGGCCAACAACGAGGGACAGGAGAUUCUCAAGAUGAGCACAGCAUUAACGGGUCUGCUGCUAUUGCCCGUGGAUCAGACCAUUGUGGUGACCGCCAUGGAACAACGGUACCUCUGCUAUUCCAAGCGUGGCAAAUUGCUCUAUCAGGUGCAGCUGGAGGCACAACCCGUCUGCAUUUUGCCACUGAUGCUGGCGCAUCUGGGCCUCACCUUGGUGGCUGUGGCGCUGCAAGGCGGAGUCGUUAAAUUCUUUCUACAACGUUAUCUAGUCGAUGAGUUUGUGCUGCCCGAGACAGUGGCUGCCAUGCUUUACGGACGCAUGGGCAUGGAGGAUCAUGUGCUGACAUUGACUACGACGUCGGGUGAAAUGUUUAUCAAGAUAUUGCGACGUGUGACACGAUUUGAAACAGACGUCGUUGCAGCUGCAGCGGCAGCGAAUAAAAGUGCAACAAAGUCGCAGUGCAUUGCGGAUGUAUCCAUACUGGACAAGCCCAAAAAGAGUUCCAUAUUCGUGGAGCAGGCAGCGCGAGAGAAGCUAAAGGCCAAAGCAAGCUAUGGCAGCUUUCAGGUGGAACUGUGGCGACUGCGUCACACAGCUGCGCGUGCCACCAUCGAUGCCAUCAACUCCUCGGAGAGCACCAUCUCUGGUGAUCUCACCCAUGCACCUGUCAAGCUCUCAGCCGAGGUCUGUGGCAGCGGACCCGCCUUCCGUCUCUACCUCACCGUCCAAAAUCUGUCCACCUUUAAGAUGGCCUCGAAUUUGGUGGUGCUGUUGCAUGCCGAUAGACGACACUACACCAUGUCGCAAUCCAUGGCCAGGUUGCCCAGUGUAUUGCCCGGCAUUCCGCUACGCGUUGACUUUGAGGUUGUGGCUGUGCUGGAUCCGCUGGACAAGUUGCCACCUGGCAGCCUGACGCCCGACAAUUCCCAGAUUCGCGUCAUGCUGUUGAAGACUGGACAGUCGAAGCCACUGAUUGCUGCCGCAGUGGCUAUGCCGCAAUCUGAGGCGGCUUUUUAGUUUACACUCAUUUGUUGUUGUUGGCUGUAUUUGGUUGCAUAUUUCUUGUAGAUCGCAAUGGAAGCUGCCUGAACGGUCUUUUCACGAACUUUACGCCUUGUACAUGGCUUUCUUCUUUAGAUCCCACACGCCUGGCUUAUCAAUGUUCACAUUCCUGAGGGUAACCUGUUUGGAAAGUCCAUAUAACUCAAGAUUUUCGGAAUCCAUGGGUUUCUUUGCGAAGCUUAAAAGGUUCUUAGUAGCGUCCUCAUCUUGUAAAAUCAAUUUAGUUUUGUUUAUAUCCAAUUAUCAUCUAUUUAGAAUUGGUAUUCCUGAAAUGAUUUGAUUUGCAUAUCAUAUCAACUACACCCUAAAAAUAGUCAAUGGGACUAUCGCAUUGUACUCGCCUCUAGUAGUAUCGGAAAUGCCCAAUCCAUACAUUGAUAUUUUUUUUGGAAAACUUCCAUAAAAGAUAGGACCAAGACAGUAGUUACGAUUUGUAAGAUCAGCCAGCGAUAACUUUCGAAGUUUUAAUCACACAACCUUUGAUUGAAGGGUGUUUUACCCAAUUGCCAUUAACUAGCAAUGGCAUUAUGACGUGUCCGGCGACUGAUUAAUUAAGUCAUCUAGUUGAUUUGAUAGCUAGUCAGGAUUGACUUGCUAUAUUUCCGAUAUUGAAUAUAUACAGCUAGACGUGGUACAGUCAUAAAAUAUUCAUGUUAAUCUUAUCACCUAAGUGCAUGGGCUGUUUACUCAUAUCUGUAAAAAAAAAACUGUAUGUUUGUACUUAUUAUAUACAAACUGGAUGAUAGCUAUAACUAAUUUCUUUUUUGCCAAAAGUGCAAGUGCGCUGUGAGUUUCCCCUAAAUCUGAUAAGGCUCGUACGAGUUUUGUUUUACUUUUUACCUUCCCUUCAGUCUUACCCGCCCCCUCUCUACCUAAUCAAUCA